UCACCACCAACAAACACACAGAGACACCUGUACACACACAGACAUGUACAUACACACACAGAAACAUAAACAUGUACACACAGGCACAGAGACACAUGUACACAUACACACAUAGAAACAUGUACAUACACACACACAUACAGAAACAUGUAAAACACACACACAGACAUAUGUAUACACACACAGGCACGUCCAGACACGCAUACACACAGAUACAUGUACAUACACAGAAAUACACACGCACAGACACAUGUACAUACACACAGACACAUGUACAUACAUACACAGACACAUGUACACACAGACACAUGUACGUACAUACACACAAACACACAGACACAUACACAUGUACAGAUACACACACGUACACACACAUAAAAAGUUGCAGUACUUUGUUGUUCACUUCACAGAGCCGGGUACUUCACUCUAGGGGGAGACAGAGAGCACAGCACGCACUCCUUCCUUUGCUUUCACUGCACUCAGCUAUUGAGCAGUCUGACAGCUCCCAGUGCCAAUGACAGAUCCGACCUGAGCUCCAAGCCUGCUCAGCAAGAUGGCCCAGGGGGGGACACUCACCCCCACCAUAAUUUCCACUCGCCAUUGGCGAGCAGGCGAGUGGACAUUUCAAGC